AUGGAAUAUUUCAACAUCAGCACCACAUGGAACGAAAGUUAUGAAGAAAUCUACAACAGCUUCAACUACUAUGAACACAACUAUUACCAGUACUGCACCAUUGGCUGCUUUACAGGCAAAGAUGCAUUAAUCUUAUAUGUUUCCACAUUAGUCGUUAUAUGCAUCAGCCUUCCUUUGACCCUCCUGGCCAUUACCAAUGUUUUCCUGCAGGUCAGAAAGGAUCACGGUGCUCCGGUCUACGUCAUCAACCUCCUCAUUUCUGAUCUGGUUCAGCUCCUCUGCAUGAUUGUUUGGGUGGCUAAGAAGAAUAAAUUAGAGGCAAAAUUGUGGGAAACUUUGAUACUCAUUUAUUGUUUUGGUCUGUUGUCCAGCGUUGGCUUCAUGGUGUUUAUCUCCCUAGAAAGGUAUUUGCUCAUCGUCUGGCCGCUGUGGUACAGAUUCAGAAGAACCAUCAAGACUUAUGUGGUGGUCUGUGUCCUAGUCUGGAUCCUUCCUCCUGUUUUUUUCCUCCCAUUCUAUUACAGGCUUGGUUUUGUGACCACACAAGCCAUCGUAGGUGCCUUGCUCCUCCUCCCCCUCCCUCUGUUCAUCUUCUCCCUGGGUGGGACUCUUAAAGCCCUCUCUGGAUCCAUCAGUGUCUCCUCUGAUGAAAAACGAAGAAUUGUGGCAGUUUUGGUCGUAGUGCUGCUUAUUUACACACUGCUGUUCCUGCCCCCAGUCAUUUUUGUGUUUGUGGUAAAAUUCACAGACAUAAUCAGCGAUGAUCUCCAGCUUGCGUCCAACAUUCUUGUUCAGUUGAGUCCUCUUGCAGACUUGAUUUUGUACAUUUUCAUGAGGAAAGGAACCACAGACAAGAUUUUGGCCUCACUAAUGGAACAUUUUAGCAUUAACACCACAGGCAAAGGAAGUUAUGAUGAAAAUAGCUUCAACCACAAUAAUUCCGACUCUUAUUUCCGAUUCUGCAAUGCUUUUUUCUGCUAUGAAGGAAACGAGGGAUUCAUCCGAUGUGUUUCUACAUGGAUCAUCAUCUGCAUCAGCCUUCCUUUGACCCUACUGGCCAUCUACUCACUGUCGUCUCUGGUCAGAAAGGAUCACAGUGCUCCAGUCUACGUCAUCAACCUCCUCAUUUCUGACAUCAUUCAACUCCUCUGCAUGAUUGGUUGGGUGACUGACAAAAAAAACUCAGAGACAGUCAUUUUCUUUGGUCUUCAUCAUUAUACUCUGUUGUCCAGCGUUGGCUUCAUGGUGUGUAUCUCCCUAGAAAGGUAUUUGGUCAUCGUCUGGCCGAUGUGGUACAGAUUCAGAAGAACCAUCAAGACCUCUGUGGUGGUCUGUGUCCUAGUCUGGAUCCUCCCUCUUGUUUGUAUCAUCCCGUUGUAUUUCAUGGUUGAUUUGUUGACCACACAAGCCAUCGUAGGUGUCUACCUCCUCCUCCCCCUCCCUCUGUUCAUCUUCUUCCUGGGUGGGACUCUUAAAGCGCUGUCUGGAUCCAUCAGUGUCUCCUCUGAUGAAAAAAGGAGAAUUGUGUCAGUUCUGGUCGUAGUGCUGCUUAUUUACACACUGCUGUUCAUGCCCAGCAUCAUUUGGUUACUGGCAGGAAAAGACAUAAUGAAUUCUAGAUUCAUCAUUGUGUCUGAGAUUCUCAUUCAGCUGAGUCCUCUUGCCGACUUGAUUUUAUACAUUUUCAUGACGAAAGGAACCACAGACAAGAUUUUGGCCUCACUGUGUUGUUGUAGAAUGGAGCUUCAGGAAAUCAACUCUAUUGAUGAUUCUAAUUGCUCUUUUCUGAAGCAGAUAAAUUGGAUUAGUGAUCAGUAAAUAGUGUAUAAUAGUAUGAGGGGAUAAUAUGAUGUUGUAGCAAAUUUGUAUUAAGAAUUUCUUUAUAUAAGAUUGCAAGAGACAUUUGAUAUUUUCUUUUUAAUAUUU